AGCGCUUGCUUGCUCAUUAGCCGGCAAUCAGUUUGCUUUGAAAGGUUGAAGAGAGUUGAAGCUACAAUGUUUAUGAAACUUGUAUUACUUAGCCAGUUGUUGGCGCUCAGCUUGGCAGGUGAUGCCUCCGUCUACAGCGAAGAACACACAUUGGAUGACUCGGAUAUGUGGAAUCCGCAUUCUACAGAGAAGACUACAGUGCUGCCGGAAAUAGCUGUUGUGGAGCAGGGGACGGCCAAGAACCCCACUGACGAUUUGGAUUCAGCGGAUGAUGGACUGGCACUAACAAAUAAUGUCAAGAUUGCGGAGGAAACUACUAUGCCAGAGCCAACAACAACAACAACAUCAACAACAACUACCACAACAACAACUACAACUACAGAGAAGCCACCGCAGAAGCACGAGCCGCAUCCACACCCACACCCCCAUCCCUACCCACACCUUCACACGCCGUUUACAUAUCCGUAUCCCCACUUACUGAACCAGCCAUAUCCAAAGCCCACGCCGGAAGUGCCGGAGUCGAAAUCUGGCGAUUCUACGCCCACGUCUGCUCAGCCUGGUUACCCACCUUACCCAUCGGUGAAUCCUCACUUCUCUCCAUACCCGCAGCCACCAAACUAUUUCCUUCACCACCAUCAUCGUAGUCCGUAUUUCGGGCGCGGCUUUGGACCUGGUCUGGGCUUUGCUCCUCACUUCCCUGGCCCCCAUUCCCAUGAAGAUGAGGACGAAGCUGACAGCAAGCCGUCGGACAAAAGUGAUGAAGAAAGCAAACCCAAGAUGCCGGAACUCGAUAGCUUUCCCAAAAUUAGCUACGGUUAUCCCCCAGUCGCUAUAGUGCCCCAUCGGCCUUUCUUGCCCAGUUAUCCCAGUCCACCGCGUGCUUAUGGUUCACCCUACGGCUAUGGACGUUAAUAAGUCAUCUAAUUGUAGUCUUGAAAAAUAAAAUCAAAUAUAUUUAAUAUGUACACCUA